AUAAUUGUGGUUCCAAUAAUAAUCUAAGCAAACGCCCUCACCUUUUAAAAAUCGGUUCCAAAAACGACUCAGAACACAGCUGUUUCUGAGACAACGCUGAAGAAGCAACACUGUUUGGGUCGUUUGGAUCCGGGCAAUGGCGGAGGUGUCGAUGUGCAGUACCAGUGGCAGUACAGACAUGACUCCCGAGGAAGAAAGGGUUUUCAUUCGAGACAUUGCUUUCACUGCCGAAGCUAACAGCAAAGAAGGCGAUACUUUUUAUUUAAUUACCCAAAGAUGGUGGCAACACUGGAUUGAGUAUGUCAAUCAAGACCAGCCGAACAAUCCCAAUGAUGCUUCCUCCUUGUCUGAACAUUGUGAUUUGGUUGGCUCAAGUACCUUGAAAAAGCCUGCUGGUAUUGAUAAUUCGGAUUUGAUAUCUGAAGUUACCUUAGAGGAUUCCAGUGCAGGAAUCGAUGUACAUGAUACCUUACUUGAAGGCCGUGAUUAUGUAUUGCUACCACAAGAAGUUUGGAACCAAUUGUAUACAUGGUAUGGAGGGGGGCCCACAUUGGCAAGGAAAGUAAUUAGUUCAGGUCUCUCACAAACUGAGUUGGCUGUAGAAGUCUAUCCUUUGCGACUUCAAUUACUUAUGAUGCCAAAAGGUGACUGUUCUACCAUAAGAAUAAGCAAGAAGGAAUCCAUUGGAGAGCUUCAUAGAAGAGCUUGUGAGAUCUUUGAUCUGAACAUAGAACAAGUGUGCAUUUGGGAUUACUAUGGACGUCGAAAGCAUGCUUUGAUGAAUGACAUGGAGAAAACACUGGAUGAUGCGAAUAUACAGAUGGAUCAGGAUAUUCUGGUGGAGGUCCUUAACCAUGUGAAUACUACUGUAUCGGGUAGCUGCAUGAGUUCUAUUCAAAACAAUGGAUCCCUUGAGAAGGAAGCUACCUCUAUUCUUGUAGAGCCUUCUAAGUCGAGCUUAUCAAUUGCAGGAGGUUUAUCUGCUAGCAAGGGUGCAUCUAGAAGCUACAACACAGAGCAUGCGCAAAGUCAGAACGUUACUUUAGCUAGAGAGUCGGAUAAUGCUUAUGGGAUUAGUGGCGUUAGUACAAGGGGGUCUCCUGGUGGUUUGAUUGGUUUGCAAAAUCUUGGAAAUACUUGUUUCAUGAACAGUGCUAUUCAGUGUCUUGUUCAUACACCAGAGUUUGCAAAAUAUUUUCGGGAAGAUUAUCACCAAGAGAUAAACUGGCAAAACCCUCUAGGCAUGGUUGGUGAGCUAGCUCUAGCAUUUGGCGAGUUACUUCGAAAGCUGUGGGCACCCGGACGAAUGCCAGUUGCUCCUCGACCUUUCAAGACAAAGCUUGCUCGUUUUGCACCACAGUUUAGUGGAUACAAUCAGCACGAUUCUCAGGAGCUCUUAGCAUUUCUGCUAGAUGGUCUUCAUGAAGAUCUGAAUCGUGUUAAGCACAAACCUUACAUAAGAUCUAGAGAUGCUGAUGGCCGACCUGAUGAACAAGUUGCUGAUGAGUAUUGGGCAAAUCAUAUUGCUCGUAAUGAUUCUAUAAUUGUUGAUGUGUGCCAAGGUCAAUACAAAUCAACUCUGGUUUGUCCAGUGUGCAAUAAGGUCUCUGUCACAUUUGAUCCUUUCAUGUAUCUUUCACUGCCUCUUCAAUCUACCAUCACUCGAACUAUGACCGUAACAGUUUUUACAUGUGAUGGAAGUGCAUUGCCAACUUCUUGCACUGUUACAGUCCCAAAGCAGGGACGUUGUAGGGAUUUGGUCCAGGCACUUAGCAAUGCUUGUUUCUUGAAGCCUAGUGAGAAACUCUUACUAGUGGAGGUCCGUAGCCAUAUAAUUCAGAGGUUUUUAGAAGAUCCAUUAAUAUCACUGUCCACCAUCAAAGAUGAUGAACGUCUUGCUGCCUACAAAACUCCUAAGUUAUUGAAGAACCGAAAAUAUCUUCAGUUGAUACAUCGCCGUAGAGAACAAGGUGCUAGUGGCAACCAUAGUACAGGAUGGAAACCCUUUGGAACACCAGUUAUAUUGUCAAUCUCAUGUGGUGAUGCAAUUACGAGAGGUGACAUACAGAAAAAUGUUCAAAGAAUGCUCUCAUCGCUACGAAGAACUCCGAAUCAUGUAGAUGUUGAUGUAUCUGAUAUUAGCAAGUCAACCACUAAUUUGGAACCACAGGAUGACACUGGUUCUGGUAUAGCUUGCACUGAAUUUCACGCCUCUAGUUUAGUAAAGAACAAUGUAACUUCUUUUAAAGCAGCAACUUUACCGGAACUACCACUCCAGUUGGUUGAUGAAAAAAAUGCAUGUAUUGAUUUGUCUGAUGGAGAAGAAAAACCCAUUAAGAUCUCCUCGACAUCAACAUCAAUAGUAAUAUAUAUUGAUUGGUCACAGAAACUCCUGGAUUAUUAUGAUACUCAAUUUCUAGAAAACUUGCCAGAAGUGUUCAAAUAUGGACCUGUAACAAAGAAAGCCCGAUGUGAGCCUCUUUCUUUGUACACCUGCCUAGAAGCAUUUCUACGUGAAGAACCUCUGGUACCUGAAGAUAUGUGGUACUGCCCUCAAUGUAAAGAGAGACGACAGGCAAGCAAAAAACUUGAUCUAUGGAGACUUCCUGAAGUGUUAGUCAUCCAUUUGAAAAGAUUCUCAUACAGCAGGUCGAUGAAGCAUAAACUCGAAACUUUUGUGAACUUCCCCAUUCAUGACUUUGAUCUAACAAAUUACGUAGCUAAUAAAAACAACUCUCGUCGUCAACUCUAUGAACUGUAUGCGUUGACCAAUCAUUAUGGUGGGAUGGGCAGUGGUCAUUACACUGCACACAUUAAGCUUCUAGAUGAAAAUAGGUGGUACAACUUUGAUGACAGUCAUAUAUCACCAAUCAAUGAAGAAGAAGUGAAGUCGGGUGCUGCAUAUGUACUCUUCUAUCGGCGGGUGAGAUCUGAAGAUGCUUCUACUAACAAUGGAGCUCCACCAAGUGCAGAUGCCAUUGCCAACCAUAUUCAUUCCCACAAGUAGAUUCCAAGGAAUUAUUCCUUUCAGAAAGGGGCAGCAAUACCCAACAUAUUUUAUUUCUAUGUUAGUUGAAUUUGGUGUAUUGAAUCCUUCCAAACUUGGGCUGAAGUUUAGGCUUCUGGGACUAAUAAAGUUAUAUAUUAAACAACAAUACACUAUUGAUCUAAUCCAAUACUUGAAAAAAUUUAUUAGAAUUAGUAGAUAAUUAGUUAAGUUUGUUAUUGGUAAGUUGAGUGGUUAGUUUGUUAAUUUAGUUAGUUAAGUUCUCUUACUAACUUAAGCUUCUAUGACUGUCUGUUGCCUAUAUAAAGCCAUGUACGCGGAUUACUUCAUUUUUAGCUUAUUACAUAAAUAAAAGCAAAACAACUCUUUUGCUCUA